CAAAACGCACCGCACGAUUCAGAACGUUGCGUCUGCUCGAGAAGAAGUGAACGUUUUUCCGCGUCGGUUUAACGUCCGUCUCCGAAUAAAGCUAUAUUCACAAGUUUCACAGAUUCCCCGUGUUUCUUCGCUACCGGUGUUUUUUUGCAGAAAUCUUCCAGGCUUCCGCGCGAUGAGAGAUCCGCAGAACCGUUAACAGAUCGAUAAAAAGAGAGAAAGUGUGAUAGAAAGGCUCACUUCAUUAAACAUUUUCGCAAAGGCAAUUAGCAGACACAAGCCCCCUAGUCAAUAUCAGAGACCGAUAGAGUGAAAAGUAAACUUCGAGCACAACAACUCACAACACAAGCGUUUGCAGACAUGAGACACCGGACGAAGGCCUCGAACAAACUUGCGCGGAUGUCCUGUUUCGCGGCGAAAGAGAAAAGUUAGUUGAAAAAACAAAACUCUGUAGUGUGCAUUUUGGAAGCAAGUAAGCAAACGAAAAAAAAAAACAGAAAGUAUCCUAUAACAAUAAUAAAACAAGUAGUGUGUGCUAUCAUUAGCGAAAAACUAAACAAUAUACAAAAACAAAAGCAAAAGAAAUCCAUCUCAUCAACGUAGAAGUAUCCUUACGUAGAGUAUCUACGCGGCGGCAAUUGAAGCGAAAGCAAACGCCAAACCAUCAAUCCACCGGAGUACGACCGUAGAGUACUAAAACCCAGUUCCGCUUACAUACCAGUAGUGCGUUGUGAAAGGGAACACGAGCCCGCCGUGGAGAAGCCGAACCCGUGGAGGCAGCGGAGUAGUAGUGCGAGCGGAUAUCUGCGUGAGGACCCCAAGGAGAGGAGGAUAGCAAAAGAUGCUGUUUGAAAGUCACACUAUGGCCGCCAAAAUGUAUCCCUACAAUGUGCCUCCACCGAUACAGGGCGCAACGGCGGUUCCCGUACCGAACAUAAGAUUGCAUGGAACCACUUUUGGCGCCGGAACACUUGACCCGAACGGACUGCUGGAUACCCACGAGCUACACACCGCCCUGGUGCCAAUCAAACCCACACUACUGGCGACGCAGGCCGCCGCCGUCGCAGCGAGCCAACAGCAACAGAUUAAGAGUGAACAGUCGCAAGUAGCACAGCAGCAAGUGCUCUCGCCCCAGCAACAGCCACAGGCAAACCGCGCCCAACAGCAACAGAUCCAGCAGCAGCAACAGCAGCAAGUCGUGGUCCAGCAGCAGCAGCAGCAACAGCAGCAGGUUGUGGUCCAGCAGCAGCAACAGCAACAGCAGCAGGUCGUGGUACAACAGCAGCAGCAGCAACAGCAACAGCAGCAGCAAGUGGUUGUUCAACAGCAACAGCAGCAGCAACAACAGCUGAACGGCGUCGCUAGCAAUGGCUGCCCUAAGGGAGGCAACUCGAGCAAUGGCAGCUCCUCGGGACGUUCGACACCGAACAACGGUUCAGAUCCGGCCCCGGGCAAGCUGUUCGUCGGCGGUCUCAGCUGGCAGACGUCGUCCGAGAAGCUGAGCGAGUACUUUGGCAUGUUUGGCACCGUUACGGACGUGCUCAUCAUGAAGGAUCCAGUUACACAGCGAAGCAGAGGCUUUGGUUUCAUCACAUUCCAGGAGCCGAACAGCGUCGACAAGGUGCUGCAGGUGCCGAUCCACACGCUGGACGGUAAGAAGAUCGAUCCGAAGCACGCCACCCCCAAGAACCGCCCGAAGACGCAGUCGAACAAGACGAAGAAGAUCUUCGUGGGCGGCGUCAGCCAGGACACGUCCGCCGACGAGGUGAAGGCGUACUUCAGCCAGUUCGGGAAGGUGGAGGAGACGGUGAUGCUGAUGGAUCAGCAGACGAAGCGCCACCGCGGCUUCGGCUUCGUCACGUUCGAGAACGAGGACGUCGUCGAUCGGGUGUGCGAGAUCCACUUCCACACGAUCAAGAACAAGAAGGUGGAGUGCAAGAAGGCCCAGCCGAAGGAGGCGGUCACGCCGACCGCUACCCAGCUGCUGCAGAAGCGGCUCAUACUGGGCAAUCUCGGGGUGCCGAUGACGGCCGCCGCCCCCACAUCGGCCGCCGCCGCUCGCUUGGUCGGGGCCGCGCAGGGCGGCAAUCCGGGGCUGGUGAAUCCGCUGGCCGCCACCAACCCGCUGAUGGUACAGGCUCAGGCGGCCCAAGCGGCCCAGGCUGCUGCCGCCGCCGCCGCGAUGCAAGUACAAAAUGGUUUCGGUAAAGUCUUUACUACAUAUCCACCAACGCUGCAUAGCUUUAGAUACUCGCCAUAUCCCAUUCCAUCGGCCGCCGCCGCCGCCGCGAACGCUGCCGUCAACCCGAUGUCGGGCGUCGCCGCCAACCAGGCCGCCCAGGCGCAACAGCAGCAGGUGCCCCACCCGACCUCGGUUGCCGGUGCCACCGUCGGCACGCAGGCCGCCCCCCAGCAGAGCCAGCAGGCGCAUGCCGCCGCCCAGAUGGCCGCCGCCGGGCUCGGCAAUCCCUACCAGGGCUACAGCCUGGCCAAUGUCGACAUGUCGAGCUUCCAGGGCGUCGACUGGGGCUCGCUGUACGGCAUGGGAAUAUUGUAUCCCGAGAGUCACUGUUGAGACCGACCUGCGCCUCCCCCUGAACCCUUCCCCCAUUAGAAAGCGACCCAUUGCCUUCUUCCCGCCCCGUCAGCUCAUCGUGUGCACCCG